AUGUCAGAUAAAAUCCAGGUUAGUGCCCGUGUAAGAAGAAGAACACAGGCCGAGGUUGCCUCCCAGUCGCCCAUAGUGGUGACGGUUCCAGACGACUUUUGUUCCACUGACGAACCUUAUGUUAGUGUCAAUGCAGCUCCAAACACGUCCAUACUGAACCAGACCAAUGAUAGUCUGGGCAAGGUUUUUACGCUAGAUCAGGUUUAUGGAGCCAAUGCCGACCAGGAACUCAUAUACAAAAAUAUUGCAAGGCCAUUGCUUCGAGAUUUCAUGGCUGGCAUGAAUGUUACCAUAUUGGCUUAUGGCCUGACUGGGUCUGGAAAAACGUAUACGAUGCUUGGAGACCUUGUGGGAGAGCAUGCUGGUAUAGUGCCUCGAGUUUUGCAGGAGAUUUUUCAGGUGGCUAAGGAUGACAUUUGCGUGAAGCUUUCGUGUGUGGAAUUGUACAAAGAAGACCUCCAUGAUUUGAUUAAUGAUGAACUUGAAUUGAACUCGAAGAAGCCAAAAUUGAGACUACUAGGAGAUGGAUCGAGAGACGGAAGAGGUACUAUGAUCCAGAAUUUGUACGAGCUAGAUGUGGUGGAUGCCAAGCUGGGCUUCGAGAUGCUCCAGAAAUGCUUGGGAAAACGUAAAAUGGGCUCCACCAAACUCAAUUCUCGGUCUUCACGUUCGCAUACGAUCUUUACCAUAACCAUGCUCAAAACAGUGAUGUCUCCUUCUGGUCAGGAAGUCGUCAGACUGUCCAAGAUGAAUUUGGUUGAUCUCGCUGGAUCAGAAGAUAUCAUCAAAUCGGGCGCCACAGAUACUGGUGCCAAGGAAGCCGGUCUGAUUAACCAGAGUCUUCUUACUUUGGGCAAAGUCAUAAGUGCAUUGAGCGAAGGAAGGGAGCCUAGACAUAUACCUUAUAGAGAGUCCAAACUCACCCGUCUCCUCCAGGGCUCAAUUGGCGGUAAGACCAAAACUGCAUUGAUCGCCACGAUAUCACCGGCGAAACUGAAUGUCAUGGAAACCAUGCUGACACUUAAUUAUGCUUCCAAGGCGAAAAACAUCAAGAAUAUACCUCAAUCGACCGCAGAUAGCGAGCUUGUUCUCAAGCGCACAAAGAUACGAGACUUGUCGGCCGAGAUAGCACGCCUUAAUAGAGAUUUGUUGGCUUCUAAGGGCAAGGACAAUAGUAUCAAGAUAAGCGUACAGAACUACGAAGACUUUGAAAGACGCAUUGCCGAACUCAUGACAGAGUUGAAGGAAAAGGACACCCAUAUAUCUGGAUUGAACGCCAAACUACUGGCCAGAGACAGUGAGAUUGAUGAGCUCAAGCUUCAAAACGAAAAUGUACUUACGCAAAGCUCGCAGAGCCGCCUGGACCUUGCAGCAAAGAAUGCCGAGCUUCAAAAAACUACAAAAGAGUUCAUGGUUCUUAGGGACAAGUAUAGCUCUCAGAAGGAACGUGUAUCGACUGUCACUGGAACAGGUGUUCUGAGUAUCAUAAGGGACGUUAGCGAGAUGAUCACAAACCUCAAGGACAUGAUGCAAGUGCUGCUGAAUGUCAAAGAGAUUCCAACUGUGGUUCAAACGCAUCUCAGCCUUUUCAAAAAGACUCUUGAAGCAAAGCUAAAGGAUGUUUCAUCCAAGAUUGAAAAAGAAACGUCGACGUUCGAGCUGGCUCUUGCAAAGUUAGACUUUUCCUUACUCCAAAGCGUUAGUCAAGAGAUAGAUGUGUCUGGUCAAAUUCAAGAACUCCGAACCCAGAACGAGCAGUUCACGGAGUAUAUUGACACCAACCAUUUACAAGAAGAUUCUAUCAACUACAAGAGCUUUGACAAGAGCUACAGAGCUCGUAUGGCGGAGAAUUACAAGGCUCUUAAGGAGAGAUACAUGCAGCAGAUGAGCCAGGUGCUAGAUGGAUUCGUGCAAUCGAGCACGGAGGCUAACAAUGAGGCGGUAAGAGAAGGUACGUUGGGGUUCAUGAAGUCGGAGAGGACGCAGCUUACAAAGCAGCACAAGGAGUAUGUUGAGCAUAAUUCGGAAGCGUUGCAAGCAAUUGAGAGCAAUACUCAAAGUGCAGCUUCUGGUCUCAAUUCUUUCAAGGACGUUGCUACAAAGGAAGUCCACGGAGCCUUAACCAAGAUGCAGAGAGAAACCAAACACGUUGUUGACGGAGUAUUAGGAGACGUUACAAACUUGAGCCACGGCCAUGCUGAUGCCAUUGAACGAGCUACAAACCAGAAAGCCCAAGCUGUCUCAGGUGCUAUCGACAAAAACUACCUGGACAUCUCUCGCGAUCUUAGCCACACAGAGAAGAACCUUAAAGUGUUCUAUCUGUCGCUAGCAGAGCUCCAAAGAUCGCCAGCCCAGUGGAAAAGACCAGCUUCGUCUCCAACCUCCAGAUCUCCUCUGCGUCUGCCUGUCAGACUGCCUAUGCGAGUACUCAACGGACAAAGCAUGAUCCCAGAGUCCACGAAACGAAGAAAAACCGAUCUCUCGCCGUUACGUGGCGAACAAACCCUCCACAAGUCACGAAUCCCCCAACUUUAA